CAACCCUCUCAUCAUCAAUUGCCAUCACGCAUGCGCCAGGAGUGAAAUCCACGUGGAGUCAACUCGGCGAUUUUGUAAAGGUGGCAAAAUUCCUAUCGGUCAAAUGAACAAUACCAUGUUGUCUCCGGGGGCGGCCCCACCACCAUACCGCCCCCUACGAAGACCCGUGCCUCGGCCGGGUAUGCUCUCCCCUUGUGGUCCUGUGUCUGCUUCACUGGAGCAAGCGUCUUUGCCAGCACCAGAGCAACCAGAGGCCAAAGGCUUGGCAGGCAAACCUGUUUCCACCAAGGACCUCUCUCAGCCAAUGCAGAUUACCAUACUGGGAUCAGCUGCUGUGAAACUUUGCAAUUUUUGUGGUCAAGAAGGUCAGGUGAGGUGCUCCGACUGCAAGAGAACAGUCUACUGCUCAGAGGCGUGCCAAGCCAACGAUAAGCCUGCUCAUAGACACACCUGCGGCAAAGAACCAGAACAUAGUAGUGAGAAGCCGAAAGAGACCCCCACCAUGCCUGCUGCAGCACCAGGAGUUGGCAUGCCGGAACCCAAGUCACAGGUAGAUGGCAGAAACGCGGCCCAGAGCAAGAGGGUCUAUUUCCAGGACCUGGUCAAGGUCGACAUUCCACAGGGAGCUGAGAUCCAGGCUGUUGGCGUGGACAUCCAGAGCCCCAGCCGCUUCUUCAUGUCCAUCCACAGCUCUGCGGUGGAGGAGUCCCUUCGCAAGAUCUCCAUGGGGCUGCAGCAGGCCUGUGGAGCAGCGGCCACUGGCCCUUACACACCUGAGGCCGGGGAGGUGUGCGCCGUCAAGUUCUCCCAGGACCAGCAAUGGUAUCGAGGCCUGGCACAGACGGUGAGUGGGGAGCAGCAGGCUGCCCGAGUCCUCUACAUCGACUUUGGCAACGAGGAGGAUGUCCCCUUCGACCGGAUCAAGCCCUUUCCAGACAGCGUCGACCGCUCUGCUCCCAAUGCUCUGCAGUGUCGCGUGGCGGGCGUGGCGCCUGUGACGGGCGGCUGGAAGGAGGAGUGCAGCCUCUUCCUCAAGCAGCUGCUCUACGGGAAGAGCGUGGCCGUGCAGGUGCAGGCAGUCACCGUGGAUUCGGGCCGAAGCCUCUACGCCGUGGACAUGAAUCUGGCUCCCACCGGAAUCGAAAUGGCCCUGGGUGCCUUCCUCGUGGAGCAUGGCCAUGCUGUGAAGGAUGUCACCCCCACCCCCACCCCCACCACGGAGCAGGACAUCGGUAAGACAUACUCCAUGCUGAAUGAUUCUGUGGAGAAGGUCCUCUGCCAGUCUCAGGAUGCCACAACAAGCAUGGCCGCCCCCCAGCACCCCGCUCAGCUCCUGCAGGAGGUGGGAGAGGCCUUCACCGGCGUGGCCUCCUGCAUGCUCUCGCCCAUCGAGGUCGUCUGCCAGGUCGCCGAGAACUGCCAAACUGUCCAGGAGCUACAGGUGAAGCUGAAUGAGUACUGCUCCGCCACCAAACCCACAGACUGCUUCAAGCCUGCACCAGGCACCAUAUGCUGCGCCCUAUACUCCGAGGAUAACCAGUGGUACCGUGCCAAGGUAGUGAAAGUGUCGUCCGAGGGACGCGCUUCCGUGCGCUUCAUAGACUAUGGCAACGUGGAAGAGGUGGAUCUGGGACGUCUGAUGCCCAUCGCUCCCGAGCUGUUGGCACUGCCCGCACAGGGCAUCCCGUGCACCCUGGCAGGUAUUCGAGCCCCUGAGGGCGGCUGGUCAGAGCAGGUGGCGCUGAUGUCCAAGAGUCUGCUGUUUGGCCGCUACCUGGCCGUGACGGUCCUGGGCAGGGGAGCCGACGGUGUCCUGGUGGCCGUAACGGACGCCCAGACCAACGACCCCCAGUCCAACGUGGCCAACACACUGGUGUCUAUGGGCUUGGCCGUGGCGGAGCCUGUGGCAGAGAGCAAGACUCAGGCCCCGGCAGAGGCUGCCCCAGCACAACCACAAGCACAGCCCCCGCCCCCAGCACAGCCACAGACUGCACAGCCCAGCACAGCAGCUGCACCACCACCUCCUGCGUCGAGUACCCCCGCGCCUCCAAAGCUGGAGUGGACGUGUGCGGAGCUCCCCCAGGACGGCCAGCCCACCCCCAUGGUCAUCAGCAUCAUCGAGAACCCUGGAGAGUUCUACUGCCACCGCUACUUACAGCAAGACAUGCAGGCCCUGAUGGAGCUGUCUGCGGAGCUGGUGAAGCACUGUCAGGGGGGAGCCUCUCCCGUCAGCCCUGUAGUGGGGGAGCCCUGCUGUGCACUCUUCACUGACGGCAGCUGGUACCGUGCCCUGGUGCAGGGCGUGGGGGCCGAUGGGAAGGUGCAGGUCUACUUUGUGGACUACGGCAACAGCAGCUCGGUGGACGCCUCGCAGCUGAGGAGCAUCGAACAGCGCCUGCUCACCCUGCCCUUCCUCGCCAUACGCUGCUGGCUCGCAGGUGCGGCGCCCGUGGGUGGCCAGUGGAGCGCGUCGGCCACCAAGAGGAUGAAGGAGCUGGGCGAGUGUCGUUUCCUGACGGGCCGCGUCGUCUCCGUAACGGGGCGCGGCUACGGCGUCGAGCUCCAGUCGGACGACCACAACAUCGCCACCACGCUCAUCAACGACCAACUGGCCCUCGAACCCUCCCCUGCCAAUAAGCCCACCAUCCAGCAGCAGCCUGCUGCCGUACCCAAUCAGAAUCAAGCGCCAGUCCAAGUUGCUGUGCCGACACCCAAUCGGAGCCAAGAUACCACCCCCCUCCCUGCUGCCUCGACCAAUCAGAGCCAGCCUGCUGCUCCUCGCCCUGCUGUGGGGUCCAAUAAGACCCUGGCUGCUAACUUAACCAACACUGGUUCCACCACUCUGAUCCCACCGCCAGUGGCUCGCCCCAUUGCUACUGAGGCCAAUCAAAGCCAGGGCCCGGCCACGGCGACGAGUCAACCUCAAUCGACUGUCACCAAUAAGAAUACAGCUGCUGAUGCGCGGCCCCCAGCUACGACCAAUCACAGAGCGGCACCGGUGAUGGCCAUGUCUCCCAGCACGGCAUCACAGCCCAGCGCUGCUGGCUUCCCUCUGGACUGGAAGACUGAGGAGCUGCCCCUCCAGCAGCCUUUCGUCCCCCAGGUGGCAGCUGCCACCAGCCCUGCACUCUUCUAUCUCCUCAGCUCCUCUGAAGUGAAUGGAGGUAAGAUCCAGCAGCUCCUGAUUGAGGUGGACAAGUACUGCAGACAGGCCGCUCCCAGCCAGACCUCCCCCACACCCGGGGCUGCCUGCUGCGCCCAGUUCUCAGGAGAUAAGAAGUGGUACCGUGCCGUGGUCCUGGACGUCAGCGGGCCCCGGGUCAGUGUGAUCUAUGCAGACUUUGGCAACGCAGAGGUGGUGCCCCUCUCCCAUGUGCUGCCCAUCCCCCCUGAGCUCCUCCAGCUCCCCUUCAGGACCGUACGCUGUGCCCUCACAGGCAAAGAGCAGUUCCCCUCCGUGUGGCCAGAUAGCGCCCUGGAGGUCUUCGAGACGCUGCUCUGCGGCCCACUGCAGGCGGUCGCUCUGGGCUUCAGUGGCGGCUGCAAUAUCCUGGACCUCACCCACCAGGCCCAUGGUGAGGUGGCGCCCCUCGUGAUGAAGAGCCUUCAGCAGGGAUCGGCAUCCACAGCAGGCACCCCUACCCCCGGCCCUCCCCCCGUAGCCUCUGAGCAGAGUAAGACGGCAGUGCCUGCGCAGCAGCAACAGGCGCAGAAGCAGCAGCAGCAGCAGCCGCAGCCGCCACCCAGUAGCACUAGCACUAGCGCCACCAGCACCAGCAACACAGCCCAAGCUGGGGCAGCCCUGUCCAAGACUCCUCUUCUGGCCACUCCAGCCCCAGCCCCGGCUCAUGAUCAAGUCAAAGCUCCCGACGUGGCCUCAGCCAAACAGGCUGCUCCAGUGACAGCUCCUAAUGCUCUAAACUUCCGUGCUGAUGAGCUUUUGCAUAAGAUGGACAAGUUGGAACAGCUUAUGAUGAGUCUGAUGCAGCGGCUUGGUUAAUCUGUUGCCCAUUGAGUUUUAUUAUUUUAUUUUAUUUAGUUUUAUUGAUUUUAUUAAGUUUUUACAUCAGUUUUUAUCUGUGUAAGUGUUUUAUUCAUAUAAUUUAAAUUGUUAAUCAAGAAACAAAAAGUUCUGUUAAUAAUACUUAUUUGUGUGUGGAGGCUUGUAUGUUACUGUUAAAUGUUUAAAGCAGCCUAAAAAAACUUUUUCUUCAGAAAUUAUGUGUUGUUGGACAGCAUACCACAGCUCCAUAAAUAAACUGUUCCAAGUUGA